AUGAUUUACCCAUUUCCAUUCGUCAUCGUUUUUUUUGUGACCUCUGCGGCGUCGGUGAUAAGAAUAUCUCGCGUACCCCUCUUCUAUAUCCUCCUUUUCUUUUACUUUCAUUUUUAUUUUUCUUUGUCGGCAUACGUCUCUUCUCUAUUGUUUCAAUCAUUCCCAUACUGUCUCGGCUUCCGGUACUCCACGGUACAUUUACACCACGAUCCAGUUUGGCCGGCAAUGCAUCAAGAGUCGUCACCAUGCAAUCGCCGUCGCUGAGAGGCAGCCGUCUUCGGUCUCGACCGCUUUGUGCCACGCUUCUUGUUAUUUCAACGCUCGCAGCCUAUUCCUUCAUAUCACACCGGACCCGAGGCUCUGUCGAGGCCAAUCUGCUUGCCCCGCGAAGCGCAACCUACGAAUGCCGCGAUGUCAACCUUGCCAAGGACCAGUGUGCAUUUAUCCGCGAACACUGUCUAGACGAAGACGCCGGCCUUCUCCCGUACCUUGAAUUAUACUACUGCUAUCUUGGCAAUGCACAGCCCGUGGCGUUUGCUAUCCUGACUGUUUGGCUUGGACUGCUUUUCACAACUAUUGGCAUUGCCGCGAGCGAUUUCUUCAGUAUCAACCUGAGCACUAUAGCCACGAUUUUGGGCCUAAGCGAAUCUUUGGCGGGCGUUACGUUUUUAGCCUUUGGCAAUGGAUCUCCUGACGUAUUCAGCACGUUUGCUGCCAUGGGCUCCAACAGUGCGAGUAUGGCCGUGGGCGAACUGCUGGGUGCGGCAUGCUUCAUCACCGCCAUUGUCGCGGGGUCCAUGUCACUGGUGCGAGAAUUCAAAGUAUCCCGCAACUCGUAUGUUCGUGAUAUCUGUUUCUUUAUUAUUGCAGUCAUCUUUACAACGGCAUUUCUGCUUGACGGAAAGUUAUAUUUUUGGGAGUGUUGGGUCAUGAUUGGCUACUACGCAGUUUACGUAGUAGUCGUUGUUGGCUCUCACUAUUACUCCCGACGUAACAGAGAACGACGCCGACGAGAAGGCGAAUCGAGGAGUCACUACUAUGGCACGUUUGCUAGCCGCGCGACAGACGAAUUGGCUGGUGCACCAUACCGCGAUGAACCCGACGACGAAAACUCCUCGUCGCGUCAGACCACCCACCAGAGCGACCUUUCCACAUUGGAAAAUGGCCCGAGAAUAGAAAUCGAUGGCAGCGAAUUGUUGCAGGCAGAUCCAGAGUUGGAUAGAACCGACUCGAAUACCGACCACGACCGAAUUGUGGCUGCUGAGGUCUCCCGCGGUAUGAGAGUUCUUCGUCGAGGUGGAAGACGGGCAACAACGAUCACCCCAAUCCGCCCGAGUUUGGUCGGUGUUUUGGAAUUUCGAUCUGCUUUGGCACAGUUGCAACGCGAGAGUAACCUCCCGCUUGGUGCGAUCAACGUCCCUGGACGCAGCCGUUCUGAGAAUCAUCUAACUCACAGGGCACGCCGACUAACAACCCCAGCGGCCGACGCAAGCCGCAGUGAUGCCCUUUCAGUCAUUGGGCAUGAGCAUCAUCAUCCCCAUCAUGGAAGGUUGCGAGCACACUCUAGUUGCGUUCACCAAGUGUCUACUUCUGCACCAGCAGACACAUUAAGCCCUGACAACUAUGGCGCGACGCAACAUGGUCCCGCUGAAGCGCACCAGGUAUCGGCUACGAAUCCUUUAAGCGCGAGCCUGGGGCCACCGCUUCUAAACUUGCCACCCCCCGCGAUGAACUCUCAGCCAGCAAGCAAUGGCCGACCGACUCUCUAUCUGGAUACACCUAGCCGAUGCAGCAGCUGCACUGACUUGUCGUCUGAGCUCGCCGAGUUCCCCGCUUACACAGAAUCCCCAAAUGCCUUGACACCACACUCUAUUCACGACCGAACAUCGUCCUUUCCCAUAUCCGUGCGGUCUGCGCGCAGAGAUGAUCGCUCAAUACCGGUUGACUUGCCGUCGGCACGACCAAUUUAUUGGUGGCCAUAUGCUAUCUUGCCCCCGCCGCAUGUUCUUCUGGCGACGUUGUUCCCUACGCUUCAAAACUGGAGUGAAAAGUCGUACUGGGACAAGUUCAUUAGCACUAUUUCUGUACCGAGCAUCUUCUUGUUGGUCAGUACCCUUCCAGUGGUAGAAGUAGAAGCCAAGGAAGACGACGAUUCAUCAGCGGAAACUGUCAUCGCCGUGCACCCGCGUUCAUCUUCUAAUACACCAAUGCUGGGGAGUGCAACACAAGCAGUUGCUUUGGAAGGUGAGGAGACCUUGAUAGCUUCUGUUGAGAACAGGGAGGCUGUACCCAAUCAUCUGGCCAAAGCUGCAUCGAGCAGCCCGCCAUCGAGCGAUGACCAUGCCGACACGGGCGAUUGGAAUCGCUGGUUGGUGUGCAUGCAGCUAUUUACUGGGCCUUUAUUUGCAGUGUUUAUCCUCUGGGCUAAUAUGGCCGAUGAUUUGAUUCAUCCGCGCAAGGCUCUGCUGCGCAUGAUGCUCUGCUCAUUGGUGGGAUCUCUCAUCCUACUGGCGGUGCUUCUUCUUACUACCAGUCCGCAUGUACGACCCAAAUACCACGCGCUGAUGUGCUUUUUGGGAUUCAUAAUUAGCAUUGCAUGGAUUUCCACCGUUGCAGGCGAGGUGGUUGGCGUUCUUAAGACGUUUGGCGUGGUUCUCGAUAUAUCUGAGGCGUUACUGGGCCUGACAAUCUUUGCGGCAGGCAACAGUAUUGGAGAUUUGGUGGCCAAUAUCACAGUAGCCCGUCUUGGGUACCCUGUUAUGGCACUGGCUGCAUGCUUUGGAGGACCGCUGCUCAACAUUCUGCUGGGCAUUGGUAUUGGAGGCGUGGUGAUGAUGGUGCAGGAUGUCAACGCUAAACAAAGGAAGCACCCGCACCGCGAGUACAGGUACGGCCCAUACCCGAUCAAGGUGGGCGGCACACUCAUCAUUUCGUCCAUCACGUUACUUGUUAUUCUAGUUGGCCUCCUGAUUGCUGUGCCCAUGAACAAAUGGAUCCUGGGCCGCAAGAUUGGAUGGGCACUAAUUGCCAUUUGGACUAUCACCACGAUUGUUAAUGUCGUGAUUGAAGUCACGGGCGUCUGGAAGGGCAUGGAUUAGACUCUGACUUUGAGGAAGCAUCCUGCCGCUCUUAACUUUUGUAUAUACUUGUGGUUGUUGGAGUUGGAGUUGGGAUUGAAUUUGUAUCAGCCAGCGUGAUUUGCACUUUAGUAUACCACAAUAUUUAUAUGCUUUUUGAAUCUUUAAA